AUGUCCAAGAUUCUAAAAUUGACAGGAUUCACUACUCUAAGCACGCUUUUGGGAGUGUCGUACUACUACUAUGUGAUUGACAGACCUAUAUACCAAAACACCGGUUUGUACAAAACCAGCAAGCAAGUCGAGCGGGUUAUUGAUAACAAGGCCGAGUUUGUGUAUGAACGUAUGGGGCUCGAACCACAACUCGUAGUUCAGAGACCAUUUACGGAGACGGUGAAGGAUAUCUGGAACAAAGAGGUCCGUAAUACGGCCAACUGGUUGUACUCCUGGGGGAGAUAG